CGCGCACUGCUUGCUUUCCUUGUCGUCUCUCCCGCCACACGCCACACGCCACCACCUCUCCUCCGCCGCUCCGUCUCCUUCCUUCCUCUUCUUCCCCAAAACAAAACCCACACCUCCCACUCUCCCAGCCUCCCUCUCCUUUUCUACUUCAAAGUUCAAACACCAUUCCUUCCCUCAAUCAAAUUCCGAUUCCUGCUGCUCUAUUCUAUUAUCUCCUCAGGUAAAAUUUUCGCCCUCUAGUAUAUUAGGGUUUCUGUUUCCGUCCAGAACAACAAUGGAUAUGGCGACUCCUUCGUGCUUGUGAGAGUCAUAGGAGGAUUUGGAGUUGUAAGAGGGAAUGUUUUUUGAUGAAUAGAUUCCACUAAUUGGAACCCUUUUAUUUCCUACACAUACAGUUGCUGUUUUGAUUUUUCACUGGAUUUUGACUUGGCUCUUUUUGGUUGGCAGAUAUUCGAUUCAUUUCGAUGGGGGAGAGGAUGGAUUCUGAUGCUGCUGAUGUUCAUGAUGCGGUCGAUGGAACAGCGGAAGUAGCUACUGAAAAAGGGUCUCGUACGGGCAGGAACAAGGCAAAAGUUCCCAGAAGGGUUCACAAAGCUGAGAGAGAGAAACUGAAGCGUGAGCAAUUGAAUGAUCUCUUUCUCGACCUGGCUGAUGCUCUUGAAUUGGAGCAACCAAACAAUGGCAAAGCCUCGAUUUUAAACGAAGCUGCUCGGCUUUUGAAGGACCUGGUUGUACAAAUUGAUGCGCUGAAGAAGGAAAAUAUGUCUUUGCUGUCUGAAUCUCAUUAUGUAACUGUUGAGAAGAAUGAGCUCAAAGAAGAGAACUCUGUACUCGAAAACCAGAUAGAGAAGUUGAGGAGCGAGGUACAAACUCGGUUGGCCCAAUCCAAACCCGAUUUGAACAUUCCGCCUGUGGAGUAUCAGCAGGCAGAGAUAACAGCAGCAGCUCUAGCACCCCACUUUUCAGGACACCCUGCCAUAGAUGGCUCAUUGCAGCAACCACCGGCAGUGUUUGUGGUCCCUAUCCAUCCUGAUCUCUCAUCGUUUCAAACCAUCAACAAAUCGAAUGUGAGCAAACCGCACCCCAGAUAUCCAACAACGGCUGAUUCUUGGCCGUCCCAGCUUCUAGGUAGAAGAGAAGUUCAAGUAGGAGAUAGCCAUGACAAUACGUGUAAUCCUCGGGAAUAAUUGAAUAUUGACCUCCCUUUAGCUGUACAAAGGACCUCAUUCACAUCCCCUCUUCCUACUUGUAGAUGCUUCUGUGUUAACUUGGCAUGUGUUGAUUGUCUGCUAGAGCUUGAACGUCCUCUGUUGAACUAAACAAAGUUGCUAUUUUUAGAGAAGGAAAUGAAUCCUUGGGAAAUUG